GAGAAACUGUGGACAACUUCUGCUGAUGGGUCAGUUGAGCUCCGGAUUGAUCCAUCCUGUCCACAGCCUCCUAUGACUGUGCAUCAGAUGUUUCUGGAGUGUGUUGAUAAAUAUGGUGAUAUGAUUGCCCUUUCCAGUAAGAAGAAUGGUGUUUGGGAGCAUAAAACCUUUUUGGAGUAUUACAAACUCUGUCGACAGGCUGCCAAAAGUUUCUUAAAGCUUGGCUUGCAACAAUUUCAUAGUGUUGGAGUCCUUGGCUUCAAUGCUCCAGAAUGGUUUAUUUCUGCAGUAGGAACAGUGUUUGCUGGGGGAAUUACGACCGGAAUUUAUACGACCAAUUCACCUGAGUCAUGCCACUAUGUUGCAAGUGAUUGCAGAGCAAAUGUUAUUGUGGUUGAAAAUCAAAAACAGCUGGAAAAAAUCCUGCAGAUAUGGGAUAAAUUACCGGAGCUCAAAGCUGUUGUACAGUAUAAAGGCAUUUUGCAGGUUAAACACUCAGAUCUAUAUACGUGGGAUGAGUUCCUAGAACUGGGGAAGGAUAUCAGUGAGGAGCAUCUGGAUGACAUCAUAAAUUCACAGAAGCCCAAUCAAUGCUGUGUCCUUAUCUACACAUCGGGAACCACUGGAAACCCAAAAGGAGUCAUGCUGAGUCAUGAUAAUAUCACCUGGACAGCUGCCCAUGCAAGUCGUGCUGGAGAUAUGCAACCUGCAGAAGUUCAGCAAGAGUCUAUAGUCAGCUACCUUCCUCUCAGUCACAUUGCUGCACAGAUUUAUGACUUGUGGACUGGCAUCAAGUGGGGAGAACAUGUCUAUUUUGCAAAUCCAGAUGCCCUCAAGGGGACACUGGUGGAUACACUAAGGGAGAUACAGCCUACAUCACACAUGGGGGUCCCAAGAGUAUGGGAGAAAAUUAUGGAGCAUAUUAAAGAGGUGACGGCGCAAACAAGUGCAAUGAAGAGAAAAAUGCUAUCUUGGGCUAUGUCAGUGAACCUGGAAAGGAACCUGAGUCUUCCUAGUGGUGAACUGAAGCUGUUCCUUCCAUCUCUGGCUGAUUACCUGGUCCUCUCCAAAAUUCGCAAGAUGCUGGGAUUUUCGCACUGCCAGAAACACUUCUCAGGUGCAGCUCCUAUCUCUAAGGAAACUCUGGAAUUCUUCCUUGGCCUUAAUAUUACACUUUAUGAAGCCUAUGGUAUGAGUGAGACAUCAGGACCUCACUUCAUGUCCAGCCCAUAUACUCAUCGCUUCCAGUGCUGUGGCAAGGCUGUGCCUGGAUGUCAAAUGAAAAUAGUUAAGAAGGACUCGGAUGGAAAUGGAGAAAUCUGUUUUUGGGGCCGGACAGUCUUCAUGGGUUAUAUGAACAUGGAAGAAAAAACUAAAGAGGUUUUUGAUGAGGAUGGCUGGUUACAUUCAGGAGACAUUGGCAAAAUGGACACUGAUGGCUUUCUGCAGGUGACAGGCAGAAUCAAAGAGCUUAUCAUCACGGCUGGUGGUGAGAAUGUACCACCCAUCCCUAUAGAAGAUGCCAUUAAGAGACACUUAGCAAUUGUGAGCAAUGCAGUGCUCAUUGGCGACAGGCGGAAAUUCCUGUCCAUGCUUCUUUCUCUGAAGUGCACAGUUGACCCAGAAAGCAUGGACCCCGCUGAUAAUCUGACCCAGGAAGCAAUCCAGUUUUGUAAUGACGCUGGCAGUAAGUCCACAACUGUGUCUGAGAUUGUGGGACAGAAGGACCAGGCUGUAUACAAAGCAAUUCAGGAAGGCAUAGACAAGGUCAAUAGUGAAGCAGCUUCAAAUGCCCAGCGUAUUCAGAAAUGGGCAAUCCUGCUCAAGGAUUUUUCAAUAACAGGAGGUGAAAUGGGGCCAACAAUGAAAAUAAAACGGCAUGCCAUUCUGGAAAAGUACAAAGAUAUGGUAGAGACUUUUUACUCAGGGUAAAACAAAAUACGUAGUGCCACCAACACUUUGAAAUAGUCCCUUCAAGUUCAGGUGUGGAGAUUAAUGUCCAUUGUCUUGACUCAAAGAUCAAUAAUGAUAAUCAAUCGUGAGGUUCCUGAGCUAUGACUGGUAGGUGGAAAUGUGUUAGAACAUAACCCUUCUCCAUUAAAAUGUCCAUAGUAAAUAAUGGGGAACAUUUACUAGAUUACAUCAUAUACAAUCCUCCUACACUGUAUCUUUGCCUAACUACUGUGCUUUGAUUAUAGGGGGAUACAUGGUCCUGACUCAGGAAUCACUGUCCUUUGUAUUGUUGUA